GGCGGGGCCUGCAGGUUUGGCCCCCAAAGGGAGCGCAGCUGGCGCCGCUGGGAGCUGGUGGCCCGGCGCAGGUCCCGGCCGAGUGUGGCGCAGCAGUGGCGGCGCUUCCCAUUCGCCAUGCCCCGGGGGUGGGUGCCCGAAGGUUGCAUGAUGGAAUUUGAACAUUACUUCAAGAGGUUUUGUAUUUUGGAUUAGUUAAUUGGGUUUGUCCUCUGCUGACUGUUUCUUCGGAUGCAUUUUUUGGUGUGCUCUUGAGGGAUUAAAUGCAAAGAGAUCACACCAUGGACUACAAGGAAAGCUGCCCAAGUGUAAGCAUUCCCAGCUCCGAUGAACACAGAGAGAAAAAGAAGAGGUUUACUGUUUAUAAAGUUCUGGUUUCAGUGGGAAGAAGUGAAUGGUUUGUCUUCAGGAGAUAUGCAGAGUUUGAUAAACUUUAUAACACUUUAAAAAAACAGUUUCCUGCUAUGGCCCUGAAGAUUCCUGCCAAGAGAAUAUUUGGUGAUAAUUUUGAUCCAGAUUUUAUUAAACAAAGACGAGCAGGACUAAACGAAUUCAUUCAGAACCUAGUUAGGUAUCCAGAACUUUAUAACCAUCCAGAUGUCAGAGCAUUCCUUCAAAUGGACAGUCCGAAACACCAGUCAGAUCCAUCUGAAGAUGAGGAUGAAAGAAGUUCUCAGAAGCUACACUCUACCUCACAGAACAUCAACCUGGGACCGUCUGGAAAUCCUCAUGCCAAACCAACUGACUUUGAUUUCUUAAAAGUUAUUGGAAAAGGCAGCUUUGGCAAGGUUCUUCUUGCAAAACGGAAACUGGAUGGAAAAUGUUAUGCUGUCAAAGUGUUACAGAAAAAAAUAGUUCUCAACAGAAAAGAGCAAAAACAUAUUAUGGCUGAACGUAAUGUGCUCUUGAAAAAUGUGAAACAUCCAUUUUUGGUUGGAUUGCAUUAUUCCUUCCAAACAACUGAAAAGCUUUAUUUUGUUCUGGAUUUUGUUAAUGGAGGGGAGCUUUUUUUCCACUUACAAAGAGAACGGUCCUUUCCUGAGCACAGAGCUAGGUUUUACGCUGCUGAAAUUGCUAGUGCAUUGGGUUACUUACAUUCCAUCAAAAUAGUAUACAGAGACUUGAAACCAGAAAAUAUUCUUUUGGAUUCAGUAGGACAUGUUGUCUUAACAGAUUUUGGGCUUUGUAAAGAAGGAAUUGCUAUUUCUGACACCACUACCACAUUUUGUGGGACACCAGAGUAUCUUGCACCUGAAGUAAUUAGAAAACAGCCCUAUGACAAUACUGUAGAUUGGUGGUGCCUUGGGGCUGUUCUGUAUGAAAUGCUGUAUGGAUUGCCUCCUUUUUAUUGCCGAGAUGUUGCUGAAAUGUAUGACAAUAUCCUUCACAAACCCCUAAGUUUGAGGCCAGGAGUGAGUCUUACAGCCUGGUCCAUUCUGGAAGAACUCCUAGAAAAAGACAGGCAAAAUCGACUUGGUGCCAAGGAAGACUUUCUUGAAAUUCAGAAUCAUCCUUUUUUUGAAUCACUCAGCUGGGCUGACCUUGUACAAAAGAAGAUUCCACCACCAUUUAAUCCUAAUGUGGCUGGACCAGAUGAUAUCAGAAACUUUGACACAGCAUUUACAGAAGAAACAGUUCCAUAUUCUGUAUCAUUUAAGAAGUAACAGGCCGGGUGCGGUGGCUCACGCCUGUAAUCCCAGCACUUUGGGAGGCUGAGGCGGGCGGAUCACCUGAGGUCAGGAGUUGGAGACCAGCCUGACCAACAUGGACAAACCCCGUCUCUACUAAAAAUACAAAAUUGGCGGGGUGUGGUGGCACAUGCCUAUAAUCCCAGCUACUUGGGAGGCUAAGGCAGGAGAAUCGCUUGAACCCGGGAGGCGGAGGUUGCAGUGAGCCGAGAUCGCACCAUUGCACUCCUGCCUGGGCAACAAGAGUGAAACUCCAUCUCCAAAAAAGAAAAAGAAAAAGUAACAAAAGGAAAUUAUUUGUUUUUGAAAUACCAGUUCAACUUUGUGGAUUAUUUUUCCUCUGAAGGAAAAGAAAAGGCUUAAUGGUUAGGAUUUUUAAGUAUUCCCAAAGAUCUGAAGGGUAAUAAAAUGUACUGGAUUUUUUAAGGUGGUACCAAAAAUGAAUGUCUGUCGUAUAUUUAUAUUACAAAUACAUUCUAUUUAUGUUCUAUUCAUCUUUUGAAUGUUUAGUAUGCUAUUAAGUCAUUCUGAAUCUUUGUAUUUGCUUUUGCAAAUAGGUAUUUCAAAGCUCUUUUCCUAAUUGGUUAAGUAAAAUAAAAAAUUGAGCUUUCUAGAAUAUUUGCCUAAUUGGGAAUUAAAAAGUAAAAUAAUAGGCCAGGCAUGGUGGCUCAUGCCUAUAAGCACCCUGGGAGGCCGAGGCAGGCAGAUUAUUUGAGCUCAGGAGUUUGAGACCAUCCUGGGCAACAUGGCGAAACCCUAUCUCUACAAAAAAUACAAAAAUUAGCCAGACAUGGUAGCACAUACCUUUAGUCCCAGCUACUCUGGAGGCUGAAGUUGGAGGAUGGCUUGAGCCCAGGAGAUGGAAGUUACAGUGAACUGAAAUUGUGCCACUGCACUUUUCAGCCUGGGUGCCACAGCGAGACCCUAGUUAAGAGAAAAAAAAAAAAAAGUAAAAACAAAUUGUGGGUCAAAGUAAAUGUAUACAGUUUUAUUACAAUGUAACAAAAGUUGAAAAUCAGGCAGAUGUGUAUUCAGUAUCCAAUUCAAUAUAUCUUAGAAAAAGCACAGGAAACAGACCUUAAAAUCGUAACCUACCAACUAACUUACAUGCUUAUAAAAGUAAAGGAGAAUAACUGGCUGGGCACGGUGGCUCAUGCCUAUAAAAUUCCAGCACUUUGGGAGGCCAAGGCAGGAGGAUCACUUGAGCCCACGAGUUCAAGACCAGCCUGGGCAAUGUAGUGACACCUCAUUUCUAUUUAUUUUAAAAAAAGAGAGAGUAACUACAGAAGAACUUUAAAAAAUAAAAAAUAAGCUUACCUUGGAUUCUUGGCUUAGAGUAGAGGUUUUUUUUAAGUUAUGGAGGAAACAUUUUUGUAAAAUUUUAAUGACCCACUUUAGAUGCUCCAAGAACAAGCAUCCCUUCCAUGUAUGUCUUGAGAAAGAAAUCACGGAAGCAUUUCUCACCAAUACUCUUUGGCUUAAAAUGUUCGGCAGAAUUGGGCAGUGGGGGUGACUUUUCUUAUAUUAAUAAUAUUUACAUCCAAUACACUGAAUCUUCCUUUAGAGGUAAGACUUUAAUAUCUAUACUGUAAAUAUUUGGUUUAUUUGGCACUACUGUAAGUUUUGUUUUUCACAAAGCUCUUUACUUAUUAUGAAGCAAAAUAAAAAUUGUAGUUUCUUGUA